GAGUUUGCAGCACUGUAACCAUUCUAUUGAGGUCAUACCAUAAACGCUACAAAAUGGGCAAAAACGGAAUUCCUGAUAGGUGGCUGGACUACAGCAACUUCGGAGACGUUAUCGAGGGCACGCGGAUCGUCGCGCUAAAGGUUCCCCUCAAAGAGGUGCUCCUAAACAAGGUGCAGCAGAAGGAGCGGUUCUCUCCUCAGAUGGCAACUGACGGCAUCCCGAAACUGGACUAUGUCAUCGACCUGACCUACACCAAGCGCUACUACAGCCCCCACGAGUUCCAGAGUCGCGGCAUCGGCCAUAGCAAGAUCGCCACCGAGGGGCACGUGAUCCCGAAUGGCGCCGUUAUGCGCAGGUUCUUCGACACCAUGGACAGCUACCUCGCCGACGAUAGACGCACUGGCGUGAUCGGCGUGCACUGCACUCACGGCGUCAACCGGACGGGCUACAUGGUCUGCCGCUACAUGAUCAGCAAGCUCGGCUUUGCGCCCGACCAGGCGAUCGCAGCGUUCAACAAGGCGCGCGGCCACGACCUGGAGCGGGCCAACUACCUGAUGGACCUGCGCGCCGGAAACUGGCCGGAACUGCCGGAGGCAGUGCCCGAGGAGCCGCCGGAGCCGGUGGUCGAGUCGGACCGCCGCAGGGAGCCGUGGACGCCGGCCGACCAGCGGCGCCAGCGGCGCGAGGAGCGUCGCCGCGGCGCGGCGCCGUUCCCCUGGCCGCCGCCGGCCGGGCACCGCUGGCACCGUCCCCCGGGCCCGCCGCGCUUCUGGCGACCCCCGCCGCCGUGGGCCGGCCCCGACUGGCGGCCCCGCGGCCCGCCGCCGCCCUGGAUGUGGCCCGGGGACGGCGAGGGCUGGCGACACGGACCGCCCCCGCCCCGACCUCCGCCCCACGACGACGGGCCGUCCCCAGAGGCGCGCGACGGACCGCCGCAGGACACCGGCGACCAAUGGCAGCCCGAGCCCCGCCCUGUCGCCGCCGACGACCCGCCGCCGUCGGCGGAGCGCCCUCCCCCGUCGGCUGACCGGGGACACGACCGGCCUCCGCCGACCGGUACCCGUAUGCUGAGUAUAGCCUCCGAGCGGUGUCCGCUGGUGGUGGAGACCGGGGCGCCGCCGGAGCUCAUCGUGCUAAGUGAUAGCGAUCCGAGUGGGGAUGUGCCUAAAGCGACCACGGACAAACGGGACCAGCAAGUGGCUUCGGUAGGAAUUAAAGACAGAAUAUCUCCGGUGUCAGCAGGCGCCAAGGGAGAAACCUCCCCAGUGUCAACGGGAGCGAAAGGGAAAAUCUCCCCGGUGUCAGCGGGAGCGAAAGGGAAAAUCUCCCCGGUGUCAACGGGAACGAAAGAGAAAACCUGCCCGGUGUCAGCGGGAGCGAAAGGGAAAAUCUCCCCGGUGCCGAUGGGCGCCAAGGGAGGAAUUUCUCCUGUAGGGCCGUCGGGGGACACGAACAGAACUGUUGCGGCCGGUCGAGAGGCGCGUGAUGCGCGCCUAAGUCCGGGCGCCGCGAGGAGCAGAAAACCCUCCGGGGAGAAGGGCGGACCGGCGGCGGACAGGCCGGCCGCUCCGAGCGAGCCGGUUCGCCGGGGGUUCCGCCAGCGCGCUGCUGACGCCGGUUGGAGCUGGGGUGGGCGCAGAUGACGCAGCCGGCACCGCUUAGCUUAGCUUUGUUCACAAAUCUCGCGGCAGGAAUGCAACGCGAGAGGCGACGAUGACCUGGAGUGUCUGAAAUCAUAGCUAUUUUUGACGUGUCGGCGUUGGAAUGGACCGAAUUGCGGGCGCCCGGUGCUGUCGGAGCGAUUGAUAGCACUGCUGUUCGCACCUGAUUGGCUCAUCAUCGGCACCCCAUGUGUUUGUUGUACGGAAAUAUACACACGCGGCCGCGGAAUGCGGCGCGUGACCGCUUAU